AUGAGCAUUGAGAAGCUAAAGGAUUCGUACGUCAGGGACUACUUCCAGCUGAUAUUACAUAAUGUAUUAGAGGAACUAAAGAAUAACACCAUCUGGAAUAUCAACUACCACAACUUUUACAAAGAUGUCCCAAAGGUAACUAAAUAUCCCACUGAUGUUACAAAAGUUGAUAGAUUGUUGUUGGUGAAAACUAUACAGACUCUUGGAAUGAGAUACAACUAUGAGGCUCAUUCAUAUCAAGAUACUGCGGCUCUCGCUAAAAUACUCCUUAUUUUACCCUUCAUGGGGUUGGAAAUUGAUGGAUAUAACCCUGAAUCACCUUCAACUGCUCAGGAGGAUUCAAAGAAAUCAAAUACAUCUCCAUCAACAGGAUCGAACAAUUCACUAGCCCACCAAAUCAAAUCUUCCAACAUCAAAUUAAGUGCUAAAGACACAAAGGAAAACGAGGUUGAUUCAUGGCUACAUGAAAGAUUAGAAACUAUUGACCAGGAUCUCAUGAGAAAUAUUCAAAAUGCCUGUUCAGCUGACCAUAAGGAAGUUUGGAGAAAUUUAAAUUACAUAUGGAAUUGUGCAGGUAGGCCAAUAGAAUAUGACAAUCGCGAGGAUGAUAUUACCCUAGCACUUUAUUCAUGUCUUAUUGAUCCAGUUACUAGAUUAUUUAAUAUUGUCUACAACAUGAGACUAAAUGCUAGAGUUAAUAAACCGUUGAAAGAUGCUGUGGAGUUUGAGAGUCCGAAAUUUGGAGAGCACAUUCGAUCCGAUUUGGGAGUUUGGAGUAACUCCAAUGGCAAAGCAGGGAUUCAUUUGGUGCUUGAAACCAAGGAGCCAUUUUUGUCACCAUUCUUCAAUUCCAAAGAAAGAGGUUUUGAUGAGAAAUACAGAGAUUUUUACUGUCAACUCCUGUCAUAUUUGAUGAUUUCACCCACUGUAAGGAAAGGUUUACUUACAGAUGGUGUAUCAAUGCGUUUUACCCAUUUCAAUCAAAUAGAUAUUGUGAAUGGAAAUAUGAAUAGUGUCCAGGUUGAUGAAAGCUCCACCAACAAUUUUAUUGAUGAAAAAUCUAAAACAAUUGAUAUGUGGAAGAUCUAUUCACAAGAUUCAACUCCUCAAGAUCGAGUAACAGCAGCCAAAAUUGUUAUGUGCAUUUUAUAUGAUAGUUGCUGUGGCUUGAUCAAUGGUUCAAAUUCCCAACUAGAAAGAAGUGAUGAAGAUAUUUUAACCAUAAGUAGCCGUUGUGAGUUUGAUACGUCAACCUCCCCUCUACUCUUACAAACAUCAUCAGGAUCAUUAGAUGUUAAUAUAAGUUUAUCAAAAGAUCAAUACUCAUUACCAACCACUGCUGCUAGAAGAAAUCAGUUUACAAACCAGCCUUUGAAUCUGAAAAGCGUUCCUGAAGCUGAAAUUAUGGUUAAAAUCGAUAAUCUUGGAGAGUGCAUUCAAGAAUAUGACAUCGAUUCUCCAAUAGAAGUCUACAAAAUGAGUGCUGAAAAUUAUUAUUUGAACUUUAAACCAAAAAAUCCGGUUCAGGGCAUCCCAAUUCAGGAUGAACAGUCUCUGAAAGAUGGUAAUGUCAUAUUAAAAUUGUAUGAUGAAGAAAAAAUAGAGAAAUAUUUCAAGGAAGAGGGUAUGAGCAAAUAUUAUACUCCAACUAAUGAGGAUGGUGGCUCUCCUCUUUUUGAUGAAGAAAGAUACAAUUCUGAUUUUAAAGCUUAUGAACAACGUAUAUUAAACAGAUACCUUAAUGAAAUUGAGGCAUAUUAUAGAAUUCAAAAUUUUAAUGAAACUUGCUUACACCCAAAACACAAAAUCAACUCUCCUUCUUUGAUUGGUUAUGGUAAAUUCAAGCAACAUUCUAGUGGUCCCUUUAUCUAUUAUAUGGCAAUCUCUGAGAUUCCUUUUGUGGAUAGGAAACCACAUAAUUAUGAUGAACUUUUCUUCAAAGGUUGCAAUGAAAUUAAAAAGCUUCAUUCUUUAGGGAUCAUUCACAGAGAUAUCAUGAGAUGUAACAUUUGCUUUGAUGAGCAAACUUCAUCAAUUUGGAUCUUUGACUUUAAUCGAUGUUUACUCUUUGACCCAUCCCAGGAAAUUGAGCAAAAAUUACUCAACAAGGAUUUUAUUGACUUACAUGAUUAUGAGUUUUCAUAUGCAGAUAUUUAUGAACACUAG